CAAAUUGGCUCGUCAAAUUGGGUUCUACAUAACGGUGCUAAACCAUGGAUGGACGAAUUCAUUGCCCUUUCGAAAAAUAUGUCUCUACAAUGGAGACAGAGAGAUGCGGUCAGAAAUUUGGGGACGAAGGUGAAGGCCGUCUCCUCCUCUCUUCCCGUCUGCAAGAUCUCCCCCUCCGGUUAAAAAAACCCGAUUCCAUACUUCCUUCGAAACCCGAUCACAGAGGAAGAGUUCGAUCCACCCCUCCUUCACUCCCUAACCCCCUUCUCCCUUCUCUCCUAUGCAUCCCAUCCAACCCUCCUUUCCUACCUCACCCCCUCGCUCCCAAUCCCCUUCACUGAGACGAAAUCCACCUGAACGGCGGUGUACCUGUAUAUAAUCAGAGGGCCGAUAGCAACCGCAGGAGGGAUUACUGCUGCCGUUGACCGAUUAGUCGGAGCUCGAGUGGAAGUGAGUCAGCAGAUUUGAGAGCAAGGUUGGAGAUUACAAAGGAGAAAUCAGGCGGCGGAGGAUUAGGCCGAAGAUCAUGCCGCCGAGACAAAAUCCAGUCACGCCGCACCUGCAAAUUCCAUGUUUUCAUGGUGGUGGAGAGUCCAAAUCGGCAAUCCAGGUCAGGUAUGGAGGGAUUAAAGGAUGGGUUGGGAGGUGGUGGUGAGGGAAGGACGAGUGCGAGUGGGGAAAGGGACGGAGGAGGGAGACCGAGUUGGCGAAGACAGAGGAGUAAGAAGUGGUCUGAGCAAUGAGGGAUGAUUAAGAUUUAGGUUUAGGUUUCGUUUUUUAAAUUUUAAAUUAAUUUUCUAUUUUUUUAAUUUUUUAGUUUCUACAGUCACCCUUAAUGAUACAUGCGUUUAUUCAUUAUCUAUAUAGAUGUUACGUCAUUAAUUAACGUUUGAUUUAACAGUUAAAUUAACGGAUAUAUAAGAUUAUUUAAAAAUUAAGAUUUAAGAUAUAACUUUGAAAUGAAAAAAAUUUCAUAUAUUAAAUGUUAAAAAUCACGAAAUGGAGAGUAAUAAACUAAAAUUAACCUUUUUUUUAAAAGCAAAUUACCGAAAGAAAGUCAUGGGGAGGAGGAGGGAAAGAAAGGAGAAAAGGGAGGAGAAUCAUUCAUCUUUGUCCAUUCUCCUACUUUUAAUAGCAAAUUAAGCGGAUCUCGCUUUCUGUCUCUUCAUGGAUUUUUCACAUUAUGAGGAUGUUAAAGUAUAUCACCAUCAACUAAUAUUUUAAAUAUUACAUCGCCGAGCCAAUACGGGAUCACAUCCUCAUUCUCCUCCUCUCCCUCUUCCUCAUUUGCUCUUUCUCCUUCUACUUCCUCAGAGCACUCUCUCUCUCUGAAACCCAAAAGUGAGAAAUGACGGAGGCAGAAAACCAUUGGCUUCAUGGGACGCUUCACGCUACGAUUUAUGAGGUUGAUAAGCUGCAUAGUAGUAGUGGGAAUUUCCUCCGCAAGAUUACAGGAAAACUUGAGGAGACUGUUGGUAUUGGCAAAGGAAUUAGUAGACUCUAUGCAACCGUUGAUCUGGAAAGGGCUAGGGUUGGUAGGACUAGGGUUAUAGAGAAAGAGCCCUCUAAUCCCAGGUGGUAUGAGUCUUUCCACAUUUACUGUGCCCAUACUGCUGCAAACGUUAUAUUUACUGUCAAAGAGUCUAACCCUAUUGGGGCAUCAUUAAUUGGAAGAGCUUAUGUACCUGUUCAAGAACUCAUAGAGGGGGAAGAAGUGGAUCAAUGGGCUGAAAUUUUGGAUGGAAAAAAGGAGCCCGUUCAUGGAAAUCCUAAAAUACAUGUGAAACUACAAUUUUUCCAUGUUACAAAGGACCGCAGUUGGGGUCUGGGUAUUAGGAGUCCUAAGUUUCCUGGAGUUCCAUUUACAUUUUUCUCACAGAGAAAAGGGUGUAAGGUUUCCCUUUACCAAGAUGCUCAUAUCCCAGAUAAAUUUAUUCCUAAAAUUCCUCUUGCUGGAGGCAAGCAUUACGAGCCCCACAGAUGCUGGGAAGACAUCUUUGAUGCAAUAACUAAUGCAAAGCACCUGAUCUAUAUUACUGGUUGGUCAGUUUAUACUGAAAUUUCCUUGGUACGGGACUCAAGAAGGCCAAAGCCUGGUGGAGACAUCACCAUCGGUGAAUUGCUUAAAAAGAAAGCAAGUGAAGGUGUUAGGGUUCUUGUGCUUGUUUGGGAUGACAGAACGUCUGUUGGUUUAUUGAAAAGAGAUGGAUUGAUGGCCACUCAUGACGAAGAAACUGCACAGUUCUUCCAGAAUACUGACGUGCAUUGUGUAUUAUGCCCCCGUAAUCCUGAUGGUGGUGGGAGCAUUAUUCAGGGCGCACAAGUCUCUACCAUGUUCACUCAUCACCAGAAGAUUGUGGUUGUGGACCACGACUUGCCAAAUGGAGAAUCAGAGAGGAGAAGAAUUGUGAGUUUUGUUGGGGGUCUUGAUCUGUGUGAUGGAAGAUAUGAUACCCCCUUCCAUUCACUUUUCAGGACAUUGGAUACUGCACACCAUGAUGAUUUCCAUCAGCCAAAUUUUACUGGUGCUUCAAUUACAAAAGGUGGUCCAAGGGAACCGUGGCAUGAUAUCCACUCUCGACUAGAAGGGCCUAUUGCUUGGGAUGUUUUGUUUAACUUUGAGCAGAGAUGGAGAAAGCAAGGUGGUAAAGAUUUACUUGUUCAGCUUAGAGAGCUGGACGAAAUCAUUAUUCCCCCUUCUCCUGUUAUGUUCCCAGAUGACCAUGAGACGUGGAAUGUUCAGUUAUUCAGGUCAAUUGACGGAGGAGCUGCUUUUGGCUUCCCAGAUACGCCUGAAGAUGCAGCUAGAGCUGGACUUGUUAGUGGGAAGGAUAACAUCAUUGACCGAAGCAUUCAGGAUGCUUAUAUUCAUGCUAUUCGCCGCGCAAAGAAUUUCAUCUAUAUUGAAAAUCAGUACUUUCUUGGGAGCUCUUUUGCCUGGGAGGCUGAUGGUAUCAAGCCUGAUGACAUUGGUGCUUUGCAUGUAAUUCCAAGGGAGCUUUCACUUAAGAUUGCUAGCAAGAUUGAAGCAGGGGAGAGGUUUACUGUCUAUGUUGUUGUCCCAAUGUGGCCAGAGGGGAUCCCAGAGUCGGCAUCUGUUCAGGCAAUAUUAGACUGGCAGAGGAGGACUAUGAAUAUGAUGUAUUCAGAUAUUAAGAGCGCAUUAGAUGCACAAGGUCUUGAGGAGGAUCCUCGUAGCUACUUGACAUUUUUCUGCCUUGGGAAUCGGGAGGCGAAGAAGCGUGGGGAAUAUGAACCCUCAGAGGCACCAGAAGCAGAUUCGGACUAUCAAAGAGCUCAGGAAGCCCGGCGCUUCAUGAUUUAUGUUCAUACCAAGAUGAUGAUAGUUGACGAUGAGUACAUAAUUAUUGGAUCUGCCAACAUCAACCAGAGAUCAAUGGAUGGUGCGAGAGACUCUGAAAUAGCCAUGGGAGCCUACCAACCAUAUCAUCUGUCAGUCAGGGAGCCAGCACGUGGUCAGAUCCAUGGUUUCCGUAUGGCACUAUGGUAUGAGCACCUUGGGAUGCUUGAUGAGGUCUUCCUCCAGCCAGAAAGCAUUGAAUGUAUUUCAAAGGUGAACCAGAUUGCUGACAAGUACUGGGAUCUGUAUUCAAGUGAAACUCUUGAACACGAUUUGCCUGGUCACUUGCUUCGCUAUCCAAUUGGUGUUACCAGCGAAGGAACUGUUACAGAGUUGCCAGGAUUUGAAUUCUUCCCUGACACCAAAGCUCGUAUCCUUGGUGCCAAAUCCGACUACCUUCCUCCGAUCCUUACUACCUAAGUGUGCUUUUUGUCACUUGGGCUGUCAAAGUAAAACCUUCUACAUUGUCAUUUUGUUUUUACAUAAACCUUCUACAUUGUCUUUUUGUUUUACACUAGUAUUUGUGAUGGUAGAUUAAUAAGUCUUAUCUGCUUCACAACCUGCAUAGAUGUUUUUAAUGGGGCAGGAUGUUCACAGCAGGUUUUAUAGUGAUGUGGUAAUGAUGUGGUGUGAUUUGCUGACUGAUAUAACUUAUGAGCCAUGUUU